AGGGUGUGGACCGGCUCGGACUCCAGACAGCCACCGGCCUCCCCACCCCUCCCUAGAAAGGCUCGGGAAGUCAGCCGCCGCACCAGACACACAGCACAGCACCAGCGUCAGGCUGCCGAGGCCAGGGCCGGUCCGGCGGGCGUGCGCACGCGCACCGGCGCGCGCCGGCCGUCGGUCACGUGGCCCGCGGCCAGGGCUCGCGAAGCCGGAAGUGUCCCGAGGCGCAAGGAGGCCGCGGGAGCCCGCUGGCGGUGGCGCGACGGAGACCGGGCGCGUUUAAUAAGAAGAUCUCCUGACCAAGCCGAGAUGCAGAGCACCUCUAAUCAUCUGUGGCUUUUAUCUGAUAUUUUAGGCCAAGGAGCUACUGCAAAUGUCUUUCGUGGAAGGCAUAAGAAAACUGGUGACUUAUUUGCUAUCAAAGUAUUUAAUAACAUAAGCUUCCUUCGUCCAGUGGAUGUUCAAAUGAGAGAAUUUGAAGUGUUAAAAAAACUCAAUCACAAAAAUAUUGUCAAAUUAUUUGCUAUUGAAGAGGAGACAACAACAAGACAUAAAGUACUUAUUAUGGAAUUUUGUCCAUGCGGAAGUUUAUACACUGUUUUAGAAGAGCCAUCUAAUGCCUAUGGACUACCAGAGUCUGAAUUUUUAAUUGUUUUGCGAGAUGUGGUGGGUGGAAUGAACCAUCUACGAGAGAAUGGCAUAGUGCACCGUGAUAUCAAGCCAGGAAACAUCAUGCGUGUUAUAGGGGAAGAUGGACAGUCUGUGUACAAACUCACAGAUUUUGGUGCAGCUAGAGAAUUAGAAGAUGAUGAACAGUUUGUUUCUUUGUAUGGCACAGAAGAAUAUUUGCAUCCUGAUAUGUAUGAGAGAGCAGUGCUAAGAAAAGAUCAUCAGAAGAAAUACGGAGCAACAGUUGAUCUUUGGAGCAUUGGGGUAACGUUUUACCAUGCAGCUACUGGAUCACUGCCGUUCAGACCAUUUGAAGGGCCACGUAGGAAUAAGGAAGUGAUGUAUAAAAUAAUUACUGGAAAGCCUUCUGGUGCAAUAUCUGGAGUACAGAAAGCAGAAAAUGGACCAAUCGACUGGAGUGGAGACAUGCCUAUUUCUUGCAGUCUUUCUCGGGGCCUUCAAGUUCUACUUACCCCUGUUCUUGCAAACAUCCUUGAGGCAGAUCAGGAAAAGUGUUGGGGUUUUGACCAGUUUUUUGCAGAAACUAGUGAUAUACUUCAUCGGAUGAUAAUUCAUGUUUUUUCACUGCAACAAAUGACAGCUCAUAAGAUUUAUAUUCAUAGCUACAAUACUGCUACUGUAUUUCAUGAACUGGUAUAUAAACAAACCAAAAUUAUUUCUUCAAAUCAAGAACUUAUAUAUGAAGGACGACGUUUAGUUAUAGAACCUGGAAGACUGGCACAGCAUUUUCCUAAAACUACCGAGGAAAAUCCCAUCUUUGUAGUGAGUCGGGAACCUCUGAGUACCAUAGGAUUGAUAUACGAGAAAAUUUCCCUUCCUAAAGUACAUCCACGUUACGAUUUAGAUGGGGAUGCUAGCAUGGCUAAGGCAAUAACAGGAGUUGUAUGUUAUGCUUGUAAAAUUGCCAAUACCUUGCUGCUUUAUCAGGAAUUAAUGCGAAAGGGGAUACGAUGGUUGAUAGAAUUAGUUAAAGAUGAUUAUAAUGAAACUGUUCACAAAAAGACAGAAGUUGUGAUCACACUGGAUUUCUGCAUCAGAAACAUUGAAAAAACUGUGAAAGUAUACGAAAAGUUGAUGAAGAUCAACCUAGAAGCAGCAGAGUUAGGUGAAAUUUCAGACAUACACACCAAAUUGUUGAGACUUUCCAGUUCUCAGGGAACAAUAGAAACCAGUCUUCAGGAUAUCGAAAGCAGAUUAUCUCCAGGUGGAUUGUUGGCAGACAUGUGGGCCCAUCAAGAAGGCACUCAUCCAAAAGAUAGACAUGUAGAAAAGCUACAAGUCCUGCUAAAUUGCAUCACAGAGAUUUACUAUCAGUUCAAAAAAGACAAAGCAGAACGUAGACUAGCUUAUAAUGAAGAACAGAUCCACAAAUUUGAUAAGCAAAAACUGUAUUACCAUGCAACAAAAGCUAUGACCCAUUUUACAGACGAAUGUGUUAAAAAAUAUGAGGCAUUUUUGGAUAAGUCAGAAGAAUGGAUGAGAAAGAUGCUUCAUCUUAGGAAACAGUUAUUAUCACUAACUAAUCAGUGCUUUGAUAUUGAAGAAGAAGUGUCAAAGUAUCAAGAUUAUACAAAUGAGUUACAAGAAACUUUGCCUCAAAAAAUGUUUGCAGCCUCCAGUGGAAUCAAACAUACCAUGACCCCAAUUUAUCCUUGUUCUAAUACAUUAGUGGAAAUGACUCUUGGUAUGAAGAAAUUAAAGGAAGAGAUGGAAGGAGUGGUUAAAGAACUUGCCGAAAAUAAUCAUAUUUUAGAAAGGUUUGGCUCUUUAACCAUGGAUGGCGGCCUUCGCAAUGUUGACUGUCUUUAGCUUUCUGGGAAGUUCGAGAACAGUUUUAGUUUGCACAAGAAAAUAAUGCUGAGACAUUCAUUAAAUGAGUGCCUCUAUAAGUGGUCUCUUAUUUCUACAAUUCAGUAUUUGAUGUGGUCAUGUAAAUAUGUACAAUAUUGUAAAUACACAAGAAAAUAUAUAAAUUUUUGGCUGCUGUUAAGAUGUAAUUUUACCUUUUAACAUUUAUAAUUAUAUGAGGACAUUUGACCUCAGUGAGCACUAGAAGAAAGCCAUGACCGAUAUGUUGAAAUACUGGAGUAAGGCUAACUGGGUUGUUUCUCCGCCUGCCUACUGGAAACAUUUUUUAAAUGGAACCAAAAUUGUCAUCCUUACAAAUCAGAAAAGACUGAUAGUUGACAGGUUUGUAAGUGAUAGGAUGGAGAAGUGGCUUCUUUGGGUGAAGAGCAGAACCAAACCACUGUUUUACUAGGAUCACAAUUUUGGGGGAAGGAUAAAGUGACAUUAUUUCAUUUUACAAGGUGCCCAGAUCCCAGUUAUCCUCACGUCUCUUUAAUUUCAGAUAAAUUAUUGAGCAAAAUUUUUAAAGUGAUUUAAUUAUUAAAAACUAUUCAUUUUAUUUUGGCCAUAAGUGUAUGAUUGUCAUAAAACAUUUUAGGGUUAUUUCCACUGUUUCAAGCUGUAUAUUUCUUGUUUAAUUUAAUUCUGCUUACUCCAUCAUGAAAAAAUAUCAAUAAAUUUCUCAAUUUUAAUGUAAAGAAUUUGUAUUUUUCUGUGUACAACAGUUUGAGAAACAAAAGGUGUCUUUUGAAAGAAAGAAUAUCGAUGGUGAUGGUAAGUUAUUCUCAGACUGUUGGAUAUAUGGACGGUUUUGUUUCUCUUCUAAGUCUGAUUCCAAGUUUAGUAUAAGUUCUCCCAUAAAUGUAUACAAAUCUAAACGGAACAUUCUCUUUGAAAAAUCUACCCAGAGUCCUUUGCUAAAGGGUAUGUUCAGCAAGGAAUUAUUUCUCCAACAAGGGUGUGGUUUUGGUUGUGGUUUCUGAUUUACCAGAUUAUUGAAGUGUGCGUGUAUACAACCUGCGUAUCACAAAGAUACCACGUCCCAAAGACUAAAUAAAUUCGACUCCCAUGAGCAUUGGAAAACUGAAAAUGGAUUAGGACUUAAUUUGAAAUCGCAAUGCAUUAUCAUAGUGGAGAAUUUUAAGCAUCAUCUGUAUGCAUUCUAGACAUACAUGCACGAGUAGGUAAAUGGUCUCUGUCAAACACCUGUUCGGGCUUAGAGUUUGUGGGGGGGGGGGGGGGCUAUCUGUUGAAUCCCUCUUGAUUUUAAUUUUCCAUUCGACUAUCUGACACACGUGUAUUUAAUUGUAUCACUUUUAAAUCUGCGUAUCACUGAACACCAGGUUAUGUGAUUACUUAAUACGUUUGCAGAUUUAGUUUUCAGCACCUCUGGAAAAGGUCUCCAAUAAACAAACUCUUGCUGCGGGGACUGAAGUUUUAGGAGCUGUAUUGUUAAGAGCAAAUCCAUUCCGUGUUAAUAUUGGUUAAGAGUUAAGGUUUUAUUCCCCAUUACAGCAACAUGAAAACCAAGCAUUCUUGCUUUUUAAUAUUUUACCUUCAAAAAUAUAACCCUCUUUCAGAACAGUUUAAGUUAAUAAAUACAUGGUGAUGCUACUCUGCUAACCUAAUAAUAACCUAAUAAGUUGCAUCUCCAGUCUAGUAGCCUUUUUUCCAUAUUAGGAUAUAUUUCUUAAUGGUAGGGAUUAAUGAUAUAAAAACGGUAUAUAGCUAGUGGAUUUAGUUUUUCACAUAAGUUAUAGUUCUUUUUUUUUAUUAUUUUAAUGUCUAUUUAUUUAUUUUGAGAGAGAGAAAAAAGGCUGGGAAGGAACAGAGAGAGAGAGGGGGAGAGAGAAUCCCAAGCAGCUCUGUGCUGUUAGUGCAGAUCCCAAGGUGGGGCUUGAUCUCACAAAUCGUGACCUGUGACUUGAGCCUAAAUCAAGAGUUGGACGUUUAACUGACUGAGCCACCCAGGCGCCUCAGGUUACAGUUCUAACACCACAAGAAAUAAAAAUGAAGUAAGUGAACGUAAAGCAUAUGGGAAAAAAGAUAUUUUUGAGUAAAUCAAAAAGGAAUUAGAGGUUAGGGAAGAGAUGUGAAAAAUAAUCCCAUAACAUCUUCUGGAGUUCCAGGUUCAAUUAUUUUGGAAACUACCAAGUAUUGUAUUAGUGGCUUAUAGACCUCCUUACACUUUGUCAAGCAGGGUACCUCUUCUUAGAUACAAAAGAUCUUUUCCUCAAAAUUCUUCUUUAAAAUAUAUUUAUCAGUAAAUUAACCAGAAAGAAAUUAUAAUAGUCUUGGAUUUUUCUUGUUUUCCUGUUUUUGUUUAUUUGUUUUUGAGAGAGAGGUUUCUGAGUGAAUAGGUUCACUUUCGUGUUCUAUGGUAAAAAUAAGAAGUUGUUUGGAAUUAAAGGCACUAUCAGUAGGAAUAAACAAUCUCCAUUGAAAUAUCAAAAAUCUAUUCUCCUGGGGCUCCUGGGUGGCUCAGUGGGUUAAGUGUCCGACUUGGGCUCAGAUCAUGAUCUCACAGUUCGUGAGUUCGAGCCCCUUAUCAGGCUCUGUGCUGACAGCUCAGAGCCUGGAGCCUGCUUCAGACUUGGAUUCUGUAUCUCCCUCUUUCUCUGCCCCUCCCCUGCUGGCACUUUGUCUCUCUCUCUUUCUCUCUCUCUUUCUCUCUCACAAAAAUGAAUAAAUGUUAAAAAAAAAAAAAAAAAAAAAAAGGUCUGUUCUCCUUUCAGAAUCACAGUCACAAUCAGGACUAACCUUUUAUUUCUGAUUUCACUCCACUCAGAAGUGCCUAUUACGCAUUAUGCUUUGCCUUUCAGGAGGUGCUGAGGGAAAUUUACUCAAAUGUUUAAAACUGAGAAGUGUUGAAAAUAUAAAGAAGUUGUAAAACUCUUGUUUUAGCUGGAUCCACCACCCUACAUCCCACUUUUAAGAAGACUAAAGUUGGGGCGCCUGGCUGGCUCAGUUGGAAGAGCGUGCAAAUCUUGACCUUGGGGUCGUGAGUUCAAGCCCUAUGUUGGGAGUAGAGAUGACUUCAAAAACAAAAAAACUGAAGAACCUGCAAAAGUCUUACACUGUUGUUUUUAGUUGGACUUCCUCCCCACUUGUCACCUAGAGAAGCACUCAAAAUCCAAAUUCCUAAGGAAUACUGAAAAUGGGAUAGAAAACAAAGACGCCGACCUGGAAAUAAAAGUUGGUAAUAGCAUUUGGGUUACUUAGAGUGUAAGUCAGCACCAGAAAUGUAGUGUGAUGUAUAAAAGCAUACCCCAGGGGCGCUUCGGUGUGGCUCAGUGGGUUGAGCGUCUGACUUUGGCUCAGGUCAUGAUCUCAUGGUUUGGGAGUUCAGCCCUGCAUCGGGCUCUAUGCUGACAGUGCAGAGCUGGGAGCCUGCUUCAAGUUCUGUGCCUCCCCCUCCCUCCCUGCCCGUCCCCUGCUCACGCUCUCUCUGUCCCUCUCUCUCUCUCUCAAAAAUGAAUUAUACAUCACACUACAUUUCUGGUGCUGACUUAUACUCUAAGUAACCCAAAUGCUGUUACCAUCACAGGGCUCGAACUCACAGACACGAGAUCAUGACCUGGUGUCUUCAGGUGUGGUGACGGGAACGUCAGUGCCAGUUGCUUGGUAGACACUGGUGUCUGCUGAGCUAAUAUGCAAUAAGGGCAAAGGUCUAGAGAGAGAUUCAACAAAGGGCUAAGUUCCAAAAAAAGGACCCUGGAAAAAAAUCUUGUUCUUUUACACAUUUCUUGGCUUGUAAGGAUCCGUCAAACUUUUUUUUCUGGGAUCCAUUCCUGCCCCAGUUUAAAACACACCGUUUUUUCACUGGAAAAAAAUUUCAGUUUGUACAAAAUAAAACAUUUUUUAAUUCGUACAAGCAAACGUGACCUAGGCCAUUGCUUUGGGAGGCAGCUUGUUAAUCACCACCAAGUCCCACAGAUUGCCACUGAGAUUCCCCCAUGCUGAGUUUAGUGGAUACCGGUUACUUUGUUCCUCUGUGAAUGUAACUUCUUAUGAAGGGGGAGGGGCAGGAGGGUGUGGGGAGUCUGUGCUUAAAAAUUACCAAGUGUUACAAUAGGUUAGAGUUUCUGAAGCUUAAAACUCUUUCUUUAGAAAGAACAUCUAUUAAUACAGUUUCUAGUUAUGAGGGCUAAGGUCUAAAGGACAAACCAAAGGAAUGACAGGGGAAGGGGAUUUAGGGCUAACAGGUGGUCCCCAGACAUAUUGGCUGGAAUAGAGUUCACAGCCAAAGUGUCAUAUGUGGGUGUUACUGUGUUUUCCUCAUCCAUGCUCUCUGUAGGGAGUCAUUCUGGAACAUGCAUAGUUCUAGCUAUGGCCAUAAGAAGUGACUUCAACAAGACCUUCAGAAGAAUAGCCCGGCUCUUUUACUGGUUCCCCAAAUCACUGACCUGCUCAAAGAAUCGGAAAUCCAAGUUGGUCUGGAGCCAAGGUAGAGGUAAGUUUUCUCAAGCUAAUGCUUCAUUACAGAUACUUUUUUUCUGUUAGUAGUGUGGGGCCUCCCUCAACUAUGGAGAAAAAAACAAAGCUCUUAAGGCAUUAUUUAACAUGGUCAUUUGAGAAAAAACAGAGAAAAUGAAAGCGAUUUGAAGGUGAGAGAUUAAAAACCAUGAACAUUUCUGUAAUUCCAAUUUUAUGCUUCGUAGGCAUUUAAGUUCAGAAAAGUUUUCUAGAGAAAGGUGGAGAAUGUUUAGCUUUAAAAAAAAGUAACAAAAAUAGCUUUUAUUUUCAAUGAACCUUAAUUUGCUUGUAGAAUUAAAAUCCUUCAGAACAAACAGAAAAGAAUGAUUAAAUGAGUUUCUCCUUUUCCUAGAAAACUAAAAAGGUCA